CUCGCCCUACUUAUAGGACCGCCGCCCACCACCGGCCGCCGCCACUACCACCCGGCAGUUCCGAACUCCCGCACCAAUCAGGAAUCAGGACCGACCAGCCGGCGUGAACCGCGCCACUAUACUAGGAGAAACAUGGGGUGGAAGGGCAUCCUGGGCUUCGACUACGGCGUCGUGCAGGCCCCGCUCGGCCCCGACAUCUCCGGCCCGGAGCUCGCCGCCGCCGUCGCCAACGCCGGCGGCAUAGGCCUCCUCCGCCUCCCCGACUGGCCGGCGCCUGAUCACGUGAGGGAGCUGAUACGGAGGACGAGGAGCCUGACCGAGAGGCCGUUCGGGGCGGCCAUCGUGCUGCCCUUCCCGCACGAGGAGAACCUCAGGGUCGUGCUGGAGGAGAAGCUCGCCGUGCUGCAGGUGUACUGGGGCGAGUUCCCCAAGGAGCGGGUCGACCAGGCCCAUCGCGCCGGCGUCAAGGUCUUGCAUCAGAUUGGUACCAUUGAGGAGGCACUGAAAGCUAAGGAAGCUGGUGUAGAUGGAAUUAUUGUUCAAGGCCGUGAAGCAGGGGGGCAUGUGAUUGGUCAAGAGGGUCUGCUACCAUUGCUGCCGAGAAUAGUGGAUCUCGUUUCAGAUAGUGCUACUCUGGUUAUAGCGGCUGGUGGAGUUGUAGAUGGCCGUGGCUAUGCUGCCACAUUGGCACUUGGUGCUCAUGCUGUUUGCUUAGGAACUAGGUUUGUAGCUACCGAGGAAAGCUUUGCACAUCCUCUGUAUAAGAAAAAGCUAAUCGAGAUGAACUGCACGGACUAUACGAAUGUAUUUGGGCGUGCUAGAUGGCCUGAUGCUCCACAACGUGUCCUGAAGACACCGUUCUACGUUGAGUGGAAGAAUCUCCCAGAUCAUGAAACAGAGGAAACUCAGCCUAUUAUAGGCCACUCUAUCAUCCAUGGUGUGGUAUGUAUGGCUGCCUGACUUUUGUUGAAUUUGCUCCCUCAUUCUUAUUAUUCUCAUCAGUAGUGUAAAGAAUUUCAUUUUUAGAAGUCAUAUCGGGUGUUUUCUAGACACGAUGAAAAGUGGAUGCGCUUUAUCUGGAGUGCUUGGUUGCUAAUAAUAUGGCAAGUUUGGUUCCCAACGAGGAACAGAAGUCUAUGAGCUGUACCUUUGAAAUUCUUUGACUUCCUGGGGAUCACAAUCCAUGAGUUGCAAUUCUAAUUGACCUUUAUCUCGUCAAAGUUUUGGAAUGUCAUAUACUCCCUCCGUCCAAUAAAAUAAGAUGUUAUUACAACCAAUAAAACGAAAUUUCACUUUAGAGCAAAGGUGACAUGGAGCCCUUUAUUUUUCAAAAUUUGAAAACAUGAUUUCAAAGUUUCAAAAAAUUCUAAACAAAAUAUCCAGACUAGAAAAUGUGCGCUACCAACAUAAAAGAUCUCAACCGAAAUACUCCCUCUGUCCUGAAAAACAUGCAGGGAGUACCUUAUAUUCUGGGCUUAACAAAAAUGACAAAAUCUGACAGAAAUUGGAGGUUUGAAAUUUUGCACUGUUCACUACAUUAGAUGUCAGUUUUUAUUUUUAUUUUUGUGUAGCCCAAAAUAUGGGAUAUUUCUAGUUGAGAUUUUUUCACGUUGAUAGAUUACAUUAUUUCCUACAUCUUGAUUUUUUGUUCGGAAUUUUUUGGAACUUGAAAACAUGGAUUUUGAAUUGUUAAAAAGCGGGCCCCAUGUCGCUCGUGUUCCAAACGUCCAACUCUGCCAAUAAAGGAGUUAAUUAGUUGUAAUAACAUCAUAUAUUGUAGGACAGAGGGAGUAACUUUAGGUGAUCUUUAAUGUUUCAAAAAAAAUUAGGAGCUCUUUGGACACCGGAAAGGCUGCUCCUAUUUAGCACCAAACAAGCCCCACAACAAAGCCUAGCUACUUUGCAAGCUACAUCCAAACUGGAGAGCUGGAAUCCUAGAGUUCAGACAAUUAGAUUUGAAAUGGUCACCACAACUCAGGAUUAUUUCACUCGAUUUUAAAAUGUUCAGUCUUUACCCAUUUUUCUUAUUUCUAGGACAGCCUUAUUUGACUGAUGGUAGCAUGUCCACAAACUGCUUUGCUUCCAAACAUAACCGGACCACUAGUAGAUAUCUAUAGUUGAUUGCAUGGCUGUAGCUUUGGGGCA